GACUAGAUACCUUGAAACCGUCAGCUCUGGCUUCUCCAGAAGAGGAACCCCACUGAAGAGAAGGACUUCACUGAGCAUGCCAGGACAGAUGCUUCCCUUGCACUUUUCCAGAGCUAGACUUCUCCAAGUCUAGAAAGGAUGGUGUCUUUUAUAUAGGUCACAGAACCUUGGCGCGGCGCUCUCUGGGAGUCAGCAGCGCCCGGCGCUGGGUUUCUCCUUACACCUGUAGGAUUCUCCUCGGUCACAAUCACUCAUUCGAUCCCACACUUGUCAUCUCACGGCGAAUGGACGAAAAUCAUCACAAUUAUCCACGCUAUGAAGAGCCCUUGGAGGAGGGAUUACUACUCAAGUGCAGGGAGGCAGACAAGGACCUCUUCUCGUCGUUCCAUCUUCCCCGGCCUUUUCUGAUACGGAAUAUUUGGAGGAAUGGGAGGUACGGCGGUGGACAUGAACGUAAAGAGCCUUUUCCUGGUAGGAACACAAAUCUUGUAGGUCUGUGUUUCCGGAAGCACCCUCUUGGGGAGGGGACUGACUUCCGGCUCUGACUUCCCUGUCUUCCGAGUUUCGAGCUCCACCGCUUCCGCCCACAGUUACCCUGGGCUCCGGCUCCCAGCAGCUACUUCCGCCAGGAGUCCCUAGCAGCUCGGUGCUGGAAACUGGCCCCAAAGCGGCCUCCUCUUUCUCCCUUCAGGCUGCCCAGCAGAGGCCGGGUCCCCAGGUGGCGGCGGCGGCUGCUGGGCCUGUCGCGGAGCGUUCUCUUCGCCCGAGACCUGGGCCUGGGGGCACCGGGAGUGCGAGAGGGACGCCCGGGCCUGGCCCAGCCCCAGCCCUGGCUUCCCGCGGCCAGUGAUUGUGACCGCAGGCCUCGCCGCGCCCGCCCGAGCCUGGGGCGGGGCCCGGCCUCCCCGCCCCUGCCCCGCCCCUCCGGUCGGCCGGGAGCCGGGUCAUUCUCCUCCCCAGCCCUGCGGCGGCGUGACCGCCUCGGACCUCCGGGCCUCCGCAGUCCCGUGGCUCCGGCCGCGGGGGAACAUGGAGUUUGCGGAGCUGAUUAAGACCCCACGGGUGGACAAUGUGGUGCUGCACCGGCCUUUCUAUCCCGCCGUCGAAGGGACCUUGUGUCUGACUGGUCACCACCUGAUCCUGUCCUCCCGGCAGGACAACACGGAGGAGCUGUGGCUCCUCCAUUCAAACAUCGACGCCAUCGACAAGCGGUUUGUAGGACCACUGGGUACCAUCAUCAUAAAAUGUAAAGAUUUUCGAAUAAUUCAGUUGGAUAUUCCUGGAAUGGAAGAAUGUUUGAAUAUAGCCAGUUCCAUUGAGGCAUUGUCUACCCUGGACUCUAUCACUCUGAUGUACCCUUUCUUUUACCGGCCCAUGUUUGAAGUGAUAGAAGAUGGCUGGCAUUCUUUCCUUCCUGAGCAAGAGUUUGAACUCUACUCUUCAGCUACCAGUGAAUGGAGGUUAAGCUAUGUCAAUAAGGAAUUUGCCGUCUGCCCUUCUUACCCGCCAAUUGUCAUAGUUCCCAGAUCCAUUGAUGAUGAAGCUCUUCGAAAGGUAGCUAUGUUUCGACAUGGAGGACGCUUCCCAGUACUCAGCUAUUAUCAUAAAAAAAAUGGAAUGGUAAUCAUGCGAAGUGGUCAGCCACUCACUGGCACAAAUGGGAGAAGGUGCAAAGAAGAUGAAAAGCUGAUAAAUGCUACCCUCAGGGCAGGAAAACGAGGCUACAUCAUUGACACCCGAUCUUUAAAUGUAGCUCAGCAAGCUAGAGCCAAAGGCGGCGGCUUUGAACAAGAAGCUCAUUAUCCCCAGUGGAGGCGGAUUCAUAAGUCCAUUGAGAGGUAUCACAUUCUUCAGGAGAGCUUAAUCAAACUCGUGGAAGCUUGUAAUGACCAAACACAUAACAUGGACCGAUGGCUCGGUAGAUUGGAGGCUUCGAACUGGCUGACACACAUCAAAGAGAUUCUUACAACUGCUUGUCUAGCAGCUCAGUGUAUCGACAGGGAAGGGGCAUCCAUAUUGAUCCAUGGAACAGAAGGAACUGAUUCCACACUUCAGGUUACCUCCCUGGCCCAGAUCAUCUUGGAACCAAGAAGCAGGACCAUCCGUGGUUUUGAGGCCCUGAUAGAAAGAGAGUGGCUACAGGCUGGCCACCCAUUCCAACAGCGCUGUGCACAGUCAGCCUAUUGUAAUAGUAAGCAGAAGUGGGAGUCACCCGUAUUUCUUCUCUUCUUGGACUGUGUGUGGCAGAUACUUCGUCAGUUUCCUUGUUCUUUUGAAUUUAAUGAGAAUUUCCUCAUCAUGCUCUUUGAGCAUGCAUAUGCCUCACAGUUUGGAACAUUCCUGGGCAACAAUGAAAGUGAAAGAUGUAAGUUGAAGCUGCAGCAGAAAACGAUGUCUCUGUGGUCCUGGGUCAAUCGGCCCAGUGAACUGAGGAAGUUCACCAAUCCUCUCUUUGAAGCCAACAAUCUUGUCAUCUGGCCUUCAGUUGCUCCACAGAGUCUUCAGCUAUGGGAAGGUAUUUUCCUCCGUUGGAACAGAUCCUCCAAGUAUUUGGAUGAAGCAUAUGAAGAAAUGGUUAACAUCAUUGAAUAUAACAAGGAAUUACAAGCAAAAGUAAAUGUACUUAGGAGGCAGUUGGCAGAACUGGAAACUGAGGAUGGGAUGCAGGAGAGUCCCUGAAAAAUCUCCCCACAACCUACAUAAAUAAGGACCUUCCUGGAACUGAAUCCCAUCUGUCUCUCUCCUUUGGCCCUUCAGUUCACUUUUACACAGUAGCCUUGAACCUAAGGCUUUAGAUGUGAGAACCCUCUAAUGUAGUGGACUUCUCAAUACUUUACGAAUGAAACUUACUGUAAUUACUCAUGUUUCAUGUGGCCUUUUAGGCCUUUUUACUUUGGGAGCAGAAAGGAGGUGCUAGUCAUUUUAUUUUAUGUGAAACAGGUGACCUAUUUAAUGCCAUUUGUGUUAUAUGCCAUUUAAUCUAAAAUUUUUUCUGUGUCUACUUUCCAAACAGUGCUCCAGACCAGUCAAGGAUAUGAUUAAUCUCUUUAGGGAAUAUGUGUUAGUUUUAAAAAAGAUCAGACUUUAAACACUCCAAACACAGAAAUAUUUUUCAAAACUGAAAUGGUUGUUAAACCAAGAAUUUUGUGAUUAACAUGCUGUUUCCAAUACCUUUACCCUUCUCUUUAAAAUAGCUUUGGAUUAACAAAGCUGAAUUCAUUCUCAUUCUGGUUUGUUAAGAAAGGAAAAUCUGAAUAUUUAUUCAAGGUAAAUAUUUUUACAAGGGUUAUAGGUAUAAUCCUUUGAUAUUUAGAUUAAGAAGUAAAUUUUAACAGUAGACAGUAGAAGUAUGUGCAAUAUAGAAAUAAAGUAGGAAUUUGUUACUGAUAUGGUAUCGUUACUGUUGAAUUGGUUUUUCAGGUUUUUUGACCAUACAUAUUAAAUGCAUAUCAAAUGCUGGAUAUCCCAUUAAACCAUUAUUUAGGUAGACGUUUGUUAUAAUUAAGCUACAAAUAUGGUUUCCUUAAACCAGAAGUGCACUGCCCUUGUCUGAAGUUCUUACUGCACUGUUUCAUGUAUGUAUGUGUGUUAAGUUUUAUUGUGUUUUGUUUUAUUUUUAAGUAUUCUGAGAGUUUACUAAUACUAAGCUUAAACCUUUCACGUUGGCUUGAGCCUUUUGAAAAUUUACCUUGACUGCUGAUUUGUUCAUUAUAUGUUAGGCAAAUCUAAUUGAAGUGGGAGGUGAAAGUUGAUGAACAUGACACAGCUGUGUUUUAAACUGCAGAAACAGAUUGAAAUGUUUCAAUGUUAUGACUGUAUUUAUGCUAUGCUAGUUUAUUCCUGCUACUGUAAAAGUUUGUGGUUCAGUGCUUUCUAUAUACAUUUCUGUUUUGUGGCACUGUUCAUUUUAAUAAAUACUGUCAAUUCUAGUUUUCCAUUAAAAGGAUAGUUGAAGAGUAAACGAUUAAUAACCAUUUCCACCCCCUCUGUAUAUAACCAUUUCAGUGUAAAGCACACCAAAACUGAACCCUGCUUUAGAGCUAUGUAUUGAGCUAAAAAUAUAAUUUUAAAAAAUAUCUAGUCUAGCAUAAUCAAUAGCCACAUUCAGACGCCUUAGAAAACAGCAAAUACUUUCUAUCUCCAGUUUCCCAAACUUCAUCUUUUUUCUGUUUCCUUGGACUGGUAGCAAAAGGCUUGGACAACAGCAACAGAUAUCAGAACUCUCCUUUGGUAUAUUUGCCUGCCUUCUCCUCUAAGCUCAGAUUUAUUCUUGACUUAUUUUCUUGGCUAUAGUCAUGAGUCUUCAGGCAUUAAAGCCCUCACAAAAAGGCUACAGCAAGGAGCAAAGGAGACCUUGCUAUCAAUAUCUCCAUGUUGUGUGAAAUGUUUAUGUUAAUCUUUUAGAAGAGGAAAUACUCCAGCUUUUUUAUCACCCCUGAAAAUUACUUGCUGUGUUUGUUCAUGCAGCUGAUCUUUUUGUUUGCUCCUGUUUUUGUCUCAAGAGUAGAUCUGAAGGAGCUCUUCUCAGUUCACGGACCCAUAAGGAAAACCAUUUAGAGUUUUGUUUUGAUGUUGUUGUUUUUAGUGAUUCUUUAGAAGUGACUCCCACUGGUGACACUGAUUAGCCAUAUGGCUUCUGUGGGUGGAAGCUUUUAUUAGGCUUGGUCAUGGAGAAAGUGUAUGCCAUCAAUUUAUACCUGUCUUCCUGAUGAACAUUUUAUGUGUGAGACAUAGUCCAAUAAUAGCAUAGUGUUUCUUUUUCUUUCUUUUAUUGAGGCAGUGAUCUUAAGCUAUUUGGACAAGUUUGCAUUUUAGUAUUAAUUUAUAAUUAGGGAUUGUGCAAACCUCAGUUCUGUUUAUAGGUCAUAAAAAACAAUCUUUGUUAUCAGUGUAUUUUCAAAGGGGACAUCUAAUAAUGCAAAUAUUAGGGUUUUCCCAAACUCAAGAACUGUGUCAGAGGUGCAUUAUCAAUAUAAUUUAAAGAGGGAUUUUAGUAAUAUUAUGAAGUUACCCAUUCCUUGGAUAAGAAGAAUACAUACAGUGGAUAUACUCAUGAGAAGAUACUUGUUAAACUUUAAGUUUGGAGAAUCAUCUUUGAUAAAGGUGGCUUUAAAAACUUGAAUGAAGAGAGUGGUGGCAGAAUUAGUGAGCAAGCGAAUUACCCCGUAGGAGCCAAUAAUAACCAAGUGAGAUAAAAUCAAGUUUAUAUAUAUUAAGCAUCUUAUGUAUUCAUUUAUAGUAAAGGCUGGUUUACAUUUUGGGGAUGCAAAAGUAGGUCCUACAGAGAAUAUUCUAAAAAUACAAAAGAUUGCUACAGUCUUCUAUCGGCAGUACAAGGAUCCUUAGAUUUUAAAUUAACAAUUUUUUUUUUAGAAACCACAAGAACAUAGUUGGUUGAUUAUAUUAAGAUUUUGAAACUCUUUGGGUGGUAAAACUUUUCAGUAAUUGGUCAAAUUUUUUCAUUCUGGUUUUAUUAAAUAGAAAGAAAACAGCAGAAAGUUAUAAAAUCUAAUAGAAUUAAAACAACCUAUAAAUAUAUUUUGUUUCUGAGAAAAAUUAGGCCUUUGAAACAAGAUUUUAAAGUGAUUUUUGGGAAAACUUUGGAAGACAAUAGUCAUUUCAGAUCCCAUAUGGGUAAUUUAAAAGCUUUUCUUUGAACUCUGAGGCCUGAUUUACAGAGGUGAUAUGUCAUUACUUUUCAUUUUAAAGGAUGAAAUUUAGUGAUAUUUUAGUUUUUGAGUAUUUAUAUUAAAUUUAAAAAUCAGUAUCAUGGGAAAGAUCUGAUCAGUAGUUUGUCUCUUGAAGUGAAAAAUAGAAGGAACAUUUUGCUGUACUUAAAAAAAAAAAAAUCUGCGGGGUGCCUGGGUGGCUCAGGUCAUGAUCCCAAGGGUCCUGGGAUCGAGCCCCACGUCAGGCUCCCUGCUCAGCGGGGAGCCUGCUUUUCCCUCUCCCUGCUGCUCAUGCUAUCUCUCUCGCUCCUGCAAAUAAAUAAAUAAAUAAAUAAAUAAAUAAAUAAAUAAAUAAAAAUAAUUUUUUUUUAAGAUUUAUUUAUUUAUUUGAGACAGAGAGAAUGAGAGAGAGCAUGAGAGGGAGGAGGGUCAGAGGGAGAAGCAGACUCCCUGCCGAGCAGGGAGCCCGAUGUGGGACUCAAUCCCGGGACUCCAGGAUCACAACCUGAGCCGAAGGCAGUCGCUCAACCAACUGAGCCACCUAGGCGCCCCAAUAAAAAUAAUUUUUAAAAAAUUUAAAAUCUGCUUAGUAGAGAUGUGACUCUUGUGGUUAAUCUGGUUUCAGAGUUAGCUGUUUUAAUUGGCAGCCUUAACCAGUUCAUCUGGUUCACUUAUUAUCAGACCCCAACCUGAGGCAAAAUUUUGGUAACUACAAGAGGUUAUCAUGAGCACCUUUUAUGAGAAAGUUAUUUCCUGGACCAAAAAAAGGGCAAAUUUUAGAAUUUGCCCCUGUUCUGGCAGCUUUGAAACUUCCCAGAGAAUGAAAUCAGUCAGUACAUCUGGUACAGGUUUAUUAUAGCUCAAGACAACAUAGAUUAGUUAUUUAUUAUUCUUUAAUGUGGGUUAGAUCUUUUCCCCCUCCAGAGCUGAUACCCUAAGUUAUUACCAGAUAGUAUUUUUAUGUACUUCACCAUCUUAACAAAAAACAUUUAAAGACUGAUUUCUCCAUUAAUAUUUAUUCUCAGAUGAUACGAAGUGCUAAUUUUCUUAUCGUAUCAGUUUUCUGGUUUUUUCUCUUAAGUAAACUAUUUCUCCCAUCACUCAGUCUUUAUAUCAUGUCCACAGCAUCUUCUUCCUUUAAACCAGUAGCUCAGAUGAGACCCCAUGAAACUGUAGGAUGAGGUUCUGGAAGGUUUGAACUUCUUAUCUAAAUUCCCCUUAAGAAAGUCCUAUUUUUGAACUCGUUGUGGAACUGUAGUUUGUGCUUAGUUCAGUGAAAGAUAGUGGGGCUCACUGUAGACACUACAUUGUCCUAAAAAAUAAUUCCUGAUGAGAGCUUCCUGAUGUUUAGAACCAUUCUGUUUUAACCACCUGUGAGUAUACAGAUUAACUGUAUUGGUAAUUUGUAAUAAAAACUUGUGCAACACUGCCUGUGUCUCUGCCCAAGACAUUUUCCAUUUCCUUCACUUUUAAAAUGCACAUAUCUUUGGAGACGUGGAUUAUUCUACACAAGUACACCGAGUUGUGUUGCUUAGAAUCCUUAUAGAUUAUUACCAUCUACACUAAAAAUGUACUUGCACAAUGUAGUUAUAUAAAAAAAAGAGUAUGUAUUUCUUCAAUAGCCGGGUAUUUGGAUUGUAUUCUUGAUAUAUUUGAAUGUGACUCUUGGAUUUAAGUGCACUAUUAUUCAUGUCUUACACAAUAAAAUUGCACUGUAUGGCAAA